AUGGUCCAUGUUUAUUUUAUAUUAAUCGAUUGGAGCAGGUCGGGCGGGUCGCCGCUGGCGCGCGCGCGCUCGCAGCCGCGCGACCCGCGGCUGCUGCGCGGCGCGGGCGAGUACGUGGCGUGCGUGCGCGAGCGCGUGCCGCCCGCCGCCUCCGCCGCGCUGCUCCACGCGCGCAUCGACGGCGGCGCCACCGAGCUGCACUUCAAGCCGCUGCUGCCCGGCGCGGUGCGGGGAGGAAGCGUCGGCCACGGGAAUAGAUCGAACGUCCUCCUCCUUUUCCCCGCUAAGAGAGACCCCCGCGCGCAGGUGGCGUUCCGCAUCGCGCCGACGCCGCGGCAGCGCGACGCGGUCGCGGCGCUCGGCGCGCUCGUGCGGCGCGCACACUCGCCGCGCGAGGCCGACCCGCUGCGGCUGCGCGACGCGCUCGCCGACCUCGACUUGGUGGACCUCAACGCCGUGCUGUACCGCUGCGACGCCGAGGAGCGCGAGGCCACCGGCGGCGACGGAGUCUACCACGUGCCCGGCCACGGCCCGCUGCCGUACGCCGGCCUGCAGGGCGUCGCCUCGCUGCUGGCGGAGCCGUCCGCGCAGCGCCUCGACCACCCGCUGUGCCGCAACCUGCGCGACGGCGACUGGCUGCUCGACUACCACGCGCGCCGCCUCGAGCGCGAGCCGCGGCUGCGCGCGCUCGGGGCCCGCGUGCGCGAGCUGGCCCGCCCGCUGGCCGACCUGCCGCGGUACCUGGCGCCCGCCUACGCCGGCGCGCUGCUGGCGGCGCUGCACGCGGCCGCCGAGCGCGCGGCGCUGGCCCUGCUGGGGGGGGCGGCGCGCGGGGGCGAGUUCGCGCGCGCGCUGGCGCUCACCUCGGUGCAGCUCACGGCCGCGGUGGCGUCGGCGCCGCUGCCCGCGCCCGCGCCCGCGCUGCAGCCGCCGCCGCCGCGCGGCUCGCUGUCGGCGGGGCUGCCGCACUUCGCGGUGGGCUACAUGCGCUGCUGGGGCCGCGACACGUUCGUCUCGCUGCGCGGCCUCUACCUGCUCACCGGCCGCCCCCAGGAGGCGCGCGCGCACAUCCUGGGCUACGCGGCGUGCGUGCGGCACGGGCUGGUGCCCAACCUGCUGGACGGCGGCGGGCGCGCGCGCUUCAACUGCCGCGACGCCGUGUGGUGGUGGCUGUACACGAUCCAGCAGUACUGCGCGGAGGUGGAGGGCGGGGAGGCGCUGCUGGCGGAGCCGGUGGCGCGGCUGUUCCCGCAGGACGACGCCCCCCCCGCCCCGCCCGGCGCCGCCCCGCAGCCGCUGUACGACGUGAUGCAGGAGACGCUCGACGUGCACUUCCAGGGACUCGUGUUCCGCGAGCGAAACGCCGGCCGGCAGAUCGACGCGCACAUGUCCGAUAAGGGGUUCGAGGUGCAGAUCGGCAUCGACCCCGAGACCGGCUUCCCCUUCGGCGGCAACGACGCCAACUGCGGCACCUGGAUGGACAAGAUGGGCUCCUCCGAGAAGGCCGGCACGCGCGGCACGCCCGCCACCCCGCGCGACGGCAGCGCCGUGGAACUGGUCGCGCUGGCCUACUCCACCGCGCGCUGGCUGCACGCGCAGCAUCGCGCGCGCCGCUACCCGCAUGCGGGCCUCGUGCGCCGCCACCGCGACGGCCGCCUCACCUCCUGGCCCUUCGCCGCCUGGGCCGAGCGCAUCCGGCGCCACUUCGAGCGCGCCUUCUGGGUGCCCCCGGCGCCCUCCGCCGCCGACGCGCGGCCCGACCUCGUGCACCGCCGCGCCAUCUACAAGGACACGCACGGCGCCUCGCGGCCCUGGGCCGACUACCAGCUGCGCUGCAACUUCCCCGUCGCGAUGGCGGUCGCGCCCGACCUCUUCGACCCGAAGCGCGCGUGGCUCGCGCUCGACAACGUCGAGCGGCUGCUGCUCGGCCCGCUCGGCGUGAAGACGCUCGACCCGGCCGACUGGGCGUACCGCGGCACCUACGACAACGCGGACGACUCGGCCGACCCGGCGGUCGCGCACGGCUUCAACUACCACCAGGGGCCCGAGUGGGUGUGGCCGCUCGGCUUCUACCUGCGCGCGCGCCUCGCGUUCGCGCACGAGAACGGCCGCCACGCGCGCACCGUCGCCGCCGCGUACGCGACGCUCGGCCCGCUGCUCGCCGAGAUCCGCUCCUCGCCGUGGCGCGGCCUGCCCGAGCUGACCAACGAGGGCGGCGCCUUCUGCGAGCACUCGUGCCGCACGCAGGCGUGGAGCUCCGCCGCCGCGCUCGAGGCGCUGCACGACCUCGCGCUCGCCCGCCGCGCGCGGCCGCUGCCCGCCGACUGACGCGGCGCGCGCCCCCGCCGCCUGCGCCACCUGCGCCGCGCCCCCUCCCCGCGCCGCCGCCCCCCCGCGCCCGCCCCCGCGCGCCCGCGUCCCCGCCGCGCGCUCCGCCGCCUGCUGCGCCGGCCGCCGCCGCCGUGCGUCGCCGCCGUCUGCAACCUGCUGCAGCCGCGCGCCGGCUCGCUCGCGACCGUCGUGUACAGCGACCGCUACUUCCGCUACGGGCUGCACCUGCGGGCGCGGCGCCCCGGCCACCACAUGCCGCUGCGCACGCCCCCGCCGCGCCCCGCCCCGCCGCCCCCGCGCCUCGCGGCCGAGCCCCGCGCGCCUCCGCCGCCCUCGGGCGUGCUCGUGCCCGAGCCCUCCGCCGCCGCCGGUGCCGGGGAGUCGGCGCGCCGCCGCCGGCCGCUCGGGUACCGGCAGCCGGCGGGGGCGGUGGACGCGGGCGCGCUGUGCCGGCCGGCGCUCGGGCGCCGGACGCGGCCGCCGGAGCCGGAGGGCCGCGCGCCCGGCCCGGGGGCGGAGGGCGCGCCGCGGCCGCAGUUCGCUCUCGCGUCCGAGACGGGGGCGGGGGGCGAGCCGGAGCGCCGGCGACCGCCGCUCCCGCAGCCCCCGCGGCCCCGGUUGCGGCGCAAAGUGCCGGCCGCCGAGGGGGGCGGGCGCGGGGCGGAGGGGGGCGCGGGGCGGCAGCGGGCCACGCUGCGGGCGCUGAUGGCGGCGAGCGGGCUGCUGUACGCGGCGGCGCUGCUCGCCUUCUACUUCCUGAGCAUCGCCUGAGUAUCGCCCGAGCGUCGCCCGGGGGCGGCGUCGGGGAUCGCCCUCUGUAGUGUAAUAUUGUCGCCGCGCAGUCUUUUAGAAUUUUAGGAACGUCGGUGUUGUUCGUAUGCUAUUUUUUUUAUAUUGUAUAUCGCCUGUUGUUUUCGUUAACAUAUGGUUAAUGUAUGUUUCGUUUCCUUCUGUGAGUUUAUAUUGUGACGUUAUAUUGUUCUCGAUGAAUUGUUAUAUUAA